AUGCCUGUGCAACAGUAUACUGCGUCUCCAUCGCAGUAUGCCCUUUACAAUCCCCAGUCGCGGCAGAUUUCACCUACCAGUUCUGCAACAGCAACGCCCAGCAAUUCCUCACCGACAUCUCCUCGAACCGGUGCUCCGGCACUCCUCCCUUCACAUACUCGACAACUCCGACCGCCGAAAUCUCCUCUCUAUAUCCCGGCAGUGUUGCGGCCCACGGACCCUCCGAAACGAGCGGCAAAGUCACCCCUAACACCGCCAGCGAGCAUACAUAAUAGCAUUGACUCGUUAGAGAAUGCGCGGACACACAGCAGACGAUUGACGGGAGAUAGCGGAAAAUUUGAUCUGGGCUCGAUAACGGAGACGGAAUAUAGCACCGAGGGUCUUGGAAAGGUCACGGCGCUGCCGACAAGAGAACACUGGAAGCCCGAUUCGGAAUCGUCCGUUUGCGACGAACCAACUUGCACAAGACACUUCACCUACUUCACACGGCGGCAUCAUUGUCGACGGUGCGGUAACAUCUUCUGUGACCUGCAUUCCCUCUACAACAUCCCCCUCGAUCAAGAUGCAAAUUAUCACCCUCAGGGCACACGAAGCCGCGCCUGUGAACACUGCUGGUUUGAAUACUGUUCAUGGCAAGUUGCCAGGCACACCCGUUCGAAUAGCGACAGUUCCCACGACGAGCCAAGAACACCCACAACGCCCAUCGUCAGCUGCAAUGGGCGAUCGGCAAUGGGCAGUGUCUUCGGGCAGAAGGAACCAGGUGCGCCUGCAAGUCUUGGUGCAAGCGUGCCUCGAGAUUGGAACUGGAGCACUUUCUAA